CAUGGAGAUGGAGGUGUACAGCACUCCUCAGAAGAUGAAGGAGGACACGGCUGAGUACAGCUUCAUGCUGCCAUGCUUGCAAGACACCGUGCCAGGAGAAGAUCCGGAGGUGCAUGGAGUUGCUCCAGGAGGAGAUGAGCCAGGAGGUCCUGAUCCACGUUCCUCUCUCCCUCUACCAACUCCCAGCCAGUGUGACUACAGCACAGUGCUAAGGAGUAGUGAAAUAAGCCUGGUGGACCCAUAUGGCAGUGUGGAAAUGAGAUCCUCUGGAAUUUACACCCCCAUGCACAGAGCUGACCCAGGGACACCGCUAACUGCAGGUCAGAGCGUCCCUGGGAAAGACAAGAUGUACAAAAUGACAUUACUGCUGUUUACUACUCUGUGGAUCAUCACGCUGAUCUCUCUUGUUGCAACACUGCACUUCUGCUUUCAACAGUCAUCUACAAUUAAAACUGAAAUGGAGCCACAGAAAAUGAUCUCAGAUCAGCAAUCAGCUGCAGUGAGAAUGGAAAUGGAGUUAAGGAAAAUGAUCUCAGAACUGCAGAUGGAGGUGGAGGACUUGGAUCAUUUCUACUCCCCUCGAAUGAUGUGCACUCCCAAUAACUCCAACCCAGCCACCAUAGACCAAAUGUCAGCAAUGUCAAAAAAACAUCCCAUCAUAAUUAAAUCAGUGUGGAAGUGGAUUCAAGAAGCAGCAGUGAAUGUGACUCUGGACCCUGAUACAGCACAUCCCAAACUUGUCCUAUCCAAGGACAAGAAGAAAGUGAGGCUUGGACCCAAUCGACAGGUUCUCCGUGACACCCCAGAAAGAUUUAAUUAUGUUGUCUGUGUCCUGGGAAAGCAGGGGAUAACUUCAGGACGACAUUAUUGGGAAAUAGAAGUGAAAAGUAAAACUGAUUGGACUAUUGGGGUUGCCUUGGGCAAUAGUAGCAGACAUGGGAAAAUUCUGUUUGACCCUCAGGAAGGCUUCUGGACUGUGAGACUAAAAGAUGGGAAGUACUUUGCUCAGGCUGAAGACACUGGCUCACUCUUACUGACAGAGACACCUAGGACAGUGGGGGUGUAUGUGGAUUAUGAUGGAGGUCAGGUCUCCUUUUACAAUGUGGAGGCCAGGUCGCAAAUCUACUCCUUCAUGGGUUACACCUUUACUGGUAAAAUCUAUCCAUUAUUCAGACCUGGCCUCAGUGACAAUGGUAAAAACACAGCCCCAUUGAUCAUAUCUCCUACCAAACACACUGGCUGA